ACACACACACACACAUACACACAUAUACAUACACACGCGCGCACGCUUACUCUCCCUAAAGGGGGAGACGGAGCUGACUGAGCGAGACCGAGAGAGGAGGCUGGCUGCUCCUCAGCCGUGUGACCGGCUUUUUCCUGCUCUUUUGACUCAUUUAUUAUUCCGCUCGGAGCUGACACAGGACAGGGAAAAGAAGGGGGGGACGGGGACGGACGGACGGACGAGAGUCAUGCAACAGUACACCGUAACUCCCUGACAGGGAAUGCGGGAAGGUUAUGGCCUCUGGUUUGUUACUCCUGGAUGAGCAGUGACCAAACAAGACAGGGAAGGAAAAAAAGUUUGGGAAAACUUCUCCAAGGAGGUCCGGAAUUUUUUUUUUUUUUUUUUUUGUGACAUUCAAGCUGAGCAUUGGAAAAGCCAAGAGGACUAAUGAACAUUUUUUCCCUUCUUGUCUUUCUCAGCCCUCUCGUUUUUAAUAAUAAAACACCAGGAGCGAGUGUCAGCAUUCCCUGGAUUUCAGAUCACGGAUCAUUUAUUUUAUUGAAAGUGCCCUUCCUCUUCUUAUCUCCAUAUUUUUCCCUUUUUUUUCCCGAAUCAACAUUUCCAAUUUAGCCCCCUUUUUCGCCACUUGUCACCUCUGCCUCGACAAGUCAAGAGUGAGUCUGGACUAGAGCUGGCCCAGAUCAGCAGAUAACACCUCUACAACCGCGCCAAGAACUGGUUGGACUAGUUUAGGAGUUGGAGCAGAGGGCAGGGUAGUUUAACCCUGCCUGAAGGGAGAACUCUUUGUUUUAUUUUCCGUCCCACUUGUCCUUCUUGGAGAAAGAAAAAGCAGUCACGCACGUAAGAGUCAUAGUGACGACUGUUUGUGCUGAGGGACACUUUUAACGCUUGGUCUUUUUUAAGGAGGGACAGCGAAAGUAAGAAGGAGGGGAAAAAAAAGAGAGAGAGAGAGAGACCAGAGUGGGAGACAAAGUGUAAUUUAUUGUUUCCUGGUUUUCUCAGGAGCCAUUGAUUGGAGGUCAGGGCGGCAAACACAAAAGGUGAAAGGCAAGAACAAGAAGGUGCAGCCAGAUUAAAGAAGACCAGACGAGUCGAGGACAGAAAGGUCAACGCCGAGAAUUGCUUUUUUUUUUUAUAAAUUUGAGUGUCGGUCGGUGUAUGAUCUACACUUCGAGAAUAUGGCCAUGGUUAGCGGGGGAUGGGGCAACCCCAACGGGGACACAAGUGGACUGGGGGAGAAGGUUUACCUGCGCAGGGAGGAAGAGGAGAGCUCGCCGCACGCCGGAAGCAGCGACGUGGACGUCGCCGAGGAGGACAAGGCCUGCGUAGUGGACUGUGUGGUGUGCGGGGACAAGUCCAGCGGGAAGCACUACGGUGUGUUCACCUGUGAGGGAUGCAAGAGCUUCUUCAAAAGGAGCAUCAGACGUAACCUCAACUACUCCUGCAGAUCCAACCGAGAAUGCCAAAUCGACCAGCACCAUCGCAACCAGUGCCAGUACUGUCGACUCAAGAAGUGUUUCCGUGUUGGCAUGCGCAAGGAAGCUGUCCAGCGGGGGCGCAUCCCUCCUUCCCACUCAGGUAUCAGUCCCAACUCCCGGGCAGGUGGAGCGGGGGGUAUGUUGCCGGGCCACCUGGGGGCGGACUACUUCAACGGGCAACCGGUGUCAGAGCUCAUCUCUCAGCUGCUUCGGGCCGAGCCGUACCCCAACAGCCGUUACGGGACCCCCUACAGCCAGGCACAGAUGGGGGCGACUGCCAGCGGAGGCCCCGUCAUGGGCAUCGACAGCAUCUGUGAGCUCGCCGCUCGCCUCCUCUUCAGCACCAUCGAGUGGGCCAGAAACAUCCCAUACUUUCCAGAGCUGCCGGUUUCUGAGCAGGUGGCGCUGCUGAGGUUGAGCUGGAGUGAACUUUUCAUUCUAAACGCAGCCCAGUCCGCUUUGCCUCUCCACAUGGCCCCGCUGCUGGCCGCGGCCGGCUUCCACUCGUCCCCCAUGUCCGCCGAGAGGGUGGUGUCCUUCAUGGACCAGGUCAGGGUGUUCCAGGACCAGGUGGACAAACUCAAUCGACUGCAAGUGGACACGGCGGAGUACAGCUGCCUCAAAGCCAUCGCUCUCUUCUCGCCAGAUGCAUGUGGUCUGACGGAUCCGGCCCACGUCGAGUCCCUGCAGGAGAAGGCCCAGGUAGCCCUGACCGAGUACGAGAGAUUGCAGUACCCGAACCAGCCUCAGCGUUUCGGCCGCUUGCUGCUGCGCCUCCCGGCUCUACGGGCCGUCCCGGCCAACCUCAUAUCACAGCUCUUCUUCAUGCGGCUGGUUGGAAAGACGCCGAUCGAGACGCUGAUCCGUGACAUGCAGCUGUCAGGGAGCUCCAUCAACUGGCCCUACGCCCCGGGACAGUGAACCCCUGCGGAGUGGGAUGCAGAGAAGGAGUUUUAGGGAUUGGAGAUAAAGAGGUCAAAGUAUUUGCGGCACUUGUGGUGUUUAUGCUCUGGUCUCCGUCGGAUCUCUUUGCUUCAUUAUGGACAUAAACAACAUAAUAUAAAAUAUAAAAACAUGGACAUAAACACGGCCUAUAAAAGGCCGUAUGCACAUACUACCUCCUACCCAACCCUUACCAAGCCUCUCUGAGUGUGUGUUAUCUGCUUUAAGUCCAAAUGAAGCCAUAGCAACACUACUUCCAUGCACACACUGACUGUAUAUGGAAGUACCAAAUGUAUUGUAUCACCCAUUUAAUGUCAAGUUUAUGAUGUAUUAUGUAUAUGUGCAACAGCUACACCUAUAUUUAUGCUCAAAAGGCAACACCGUGAAAAGAAGUUACAUUAUGCAGGAUUUGCUGCCCCCCAGCGGCAGAAAACACAAACUACAUUCUUAACACACUACAGAGACGUUGACUGUUGACUGUUUUGGCGUAAUUACUAUUACCUCAUGUUUUCUAUGGUAAAAGACGUUAUGCGGUAAGGUACAUUUAAAGGGAUCAAGGUCCAUUAUCACAAGAAUGUAUUAGGAAGAAUAUCCCAAAGACAGACCUCUCUAGUGAUUGUUUUUUUUGUAUUUGAAGAGUACAUCCUACAUGAAAGGUACGAUUAUUGUUAUGUUUUUUUUUUUUGCUGUUUAAGGGUAGUUCACUUAGGUUUUUUUUUUUUUGGACAAAUGUUGUUAUGCAUUGUGUGAAAACAUGGCCUUACAGAUGGGCCAGAAUGAUGCUGUUGGCACUUGUUGGAGUAAAUUGGUCAUGAAA